CACUCUCUCUCUCUCGCUUUCUCUAGGGUAGCUGUCGUGUAAUGUUAGUGAAAUAGUCAUCAUUGCUUGAAGCGCAUAGUAAAGAAAGCAUGGCUGCCAGUCGGGUACUCGUAUACGGAGGAAAAGGUGCACUGGGUAGCAAAAUUGUUCAGCACUUCAAAUCUAAAGGAUGGUGGGUAGCCAGCAUCGAUAUCGUUGCCAGUGAGGAGGCAAACGCGAACGUGCUGGUGAAGUUGUCCGAGUCAUUUACUGAGCAAGGAGGACAGGUGACAGCAGAUGUGGCCCAGUUGCUAGGGGACCAGAAAGUGGAUGCCAUCUUGUGUGUGGCAGGCGGAUGGGCUGGAGGAAAUUGCAGCUCCAAAGACCUGUACAAAAACACAGACAUGAUGUGGAAGCAGAGUGUGUGGACCUCUACCAUAUCUAGCCAUCUGGCUGCUGUGCACCUGAAGCAGGGUGGACUACUGACUCUGGCUGGGGCUAAAGCAUCACUGGGUGGCACUAGUGGCAUGGUGGGCUAUGGCAUGGCCAAGUCAGCAGUCCACCAGCUCUGUCAGAGUUUAGCAGGAGAAAACAGUGGGAUGCCCCCUGGAGCUGUGGCAGUUGCCAUACUACCGGUAACCUUGGAUACUCCAAUGAACAGGAAGUUCAUGCCUGAUGCAGACUUUGGUUCCUGGACACCACUGGAGUACAUUGCAGAAACUUUCUUCAGUUGGGCCACCGGUGCGGAUCGUCCAGCAUCGGGCAGUCUGAUGCAGCUCACCACCACCGGAGGCAAGACACAGGCCCUACCCACACAAUAAGACACAUUUCCUACCCACAUAAUAAGACACAGGCCCUACCCACACAAUAAGACACAUUUCCUAACCACAUAAUAAGACACAGGCCCUACCCACACAAUAACACACAUUUCCUACCCACAUAAUAAGACACAGGCCCUACCCACACAAUAAGACACAGGCCCUACCCACACAAUAAGACACAGGCCCUACCCACACAAUAAGACACAGGCCCUACCCACACAAUAAGAAACAUUUCCUACCCACACAAUAAGACACAGGUCCUAUCCACACAAUAAGACACAGGCCCUACCCACACAAUAAGACACAGGCCCUACCCACACAAUAAGACACAGGCCCUACCCACACAAUAAGACACAGGCCCUACCCACACAAUAAGACACAGGCCCUACCCACAAAAUAGAGGAGGGAGAAGUGGAGAGGGAGGGGAAAGAGAGAGAGAGAAGAAUGAAAUUAGUCAAUGAGAAAGAAGACUGAAGGAUGAGAUACGCUACAUUACCAAAAGUAUGUGGACACCUGCUUAUCAUCUCAUUCCAAAAUUGUGGGCAUUAAUAUGGAGUUGGUCCACCCAUUGCUGCUAUAACAGCCUCCAUUCAUCUGGGAAGGCUUUCCACUAGAUGUUGGAACAUUGCUGCGGGGACUUGCUUCCAUUCAGCCACAAGAGCAUUAGUGACGUCGGCACUGAUGUUGGGUGAUUAGGCCUGGCUCACAGUCGGCAUUCCAAUUCAUCCCAAAGGUCUUCGAUGGGGUUGAGGUCAGGGCUCUGUGCAGGCCAGUCAAGUUCUUCCACACCUUUGUACAAGGGGCUUUGUCAUGCUGAAACAGGAAAGGGCCUUCCCCAAACUGUUGCCACAAUGUUGGAAGCACAGAAUCGUCUAGAAUGUCAUUGUAUGCUGUAGCAAUAAGAUUUCCCUUCACUGGAACUAAGGGGCCUAGCCCGAACCAUGAAAAACAGCCCCAGACCAAUUAUUCAUUCAAAUCAAAUCAAAUUGAUUUAUAUAGCCCUUCUUACAUCAGCUGAUAUAUCAAAGUGCUGUACAGAAACCCAGCCUAAAACCCCAACAGCAAGCAAUGCAGGUGUAGAAGCACGGUCGCUAGGAAAAACUCCCUAGAAAGGCCAAAACCUAGGAAGAAACCUAGAGAGGAACCAGGCUAUGAGGGGUGGCCAGUCCUCUUCUGGCUGUGCCGAGAUAAUAACAGAACAUGGCCAAGAUGUUCAUAAAUUACCAGCAUGGUCAAAUAAUAAUAAUCACAGUAGUUGUCGAGGGUGCAACAAGUUAGCACCUCAGGAGUAAAUGUCAGUUGGCUUUUCAUAGCCAAUCAUUGAGAGUAUCUCUACUGCUCCUGCUGUCUCUAGAGAGUUGAAAACAGCAGGUCUGGGACAGGUAGCACGUCCGGUGAACAGGUCAGGUUUCCAUAGCCGCAGGCAGAACAGUUGAAACUGGAGCAGCAGCACGGCCAGGUGGACUGGGGACAGCAAUGACCAUUCACCACCAAACUUUACAGUUGGCACAAUGCAUUCGUUCAGGUAACGUUCUCCUGUCAUCCGCCAAACCCAGAUGCGUCCAUCGGACUGCAAGAUGGUUAACCUUUGGGUGGUUAACCAACAAGUGGCAUCAAUAAGGGAUCAUAGCAUUCACCUAGAUUCACCUGAUCAGUUUAUGUCAUGGGAAGAGCAGGUGUUCUUAAUGUUUUGUACACUCAGUGUAUAUCUCUGUAUUAUGUGUGGGAAUACUUUGGAACAGAUUUCCAAAAUUACAAUCACUUGGAGCUGAUUUGCUGGUGUUUUUAGAGUAUUUCAUGUCCAACAAUAAUUAAAACAAUAUACACUGCUCAAAAAAAUAAAGGGAACACUUAAACAACACAAUGUAACUCCAAGUCAAUCACACUUCUGUGAAAUCAAACUGUCCAAUUAGGAAGCAACACUGAUUGACAAUAAAUUUCACAUGCUGUUGUGCAAAUGGAAUAGACAAAAGGUGGAAAUUAUAGGCAAUUAGCAAGACACCCCCAAAAAAGGAGUGAUUCUGCAGGUGGUGACCACAGACCACUUCUCAGUUCCUAUGCUUCCUGGCUGAUGUUUUGGUCACUUUUGAAUGCUGGCGGUGCUCUCACUCUAGUGGUAGCAUGAGACGGAGUCUACAACCCACACAAGUGGCUCAGGUAGUGCAGUUCAUCCAGGAUGGCACAUCAAUGCGAGCUGUGUCAAAAAGGUUUGCUGUGUCUGUCAGCGUAGUGUCCAGAGCAUGGAGGCGCUACCAGGAGACAGGCCAGUACAUCAGGAGACGUGGAGGAGGCCGUAGGAGGGCAACAACCCAGCAGCAGGACCGCUACCUCCGCCUUUGUGCAAGGAGGUGCACUGCCAGAGCCCUGCAAAAUGACCUCCAGCAGGGUGGUGCAUGUGUGCAUGUGUCUGCUCAAACGGUCAGAAACAGACUCCAUGAGGGUGGGAUGAGGGCCCGACGUCCACAGGUGGGGGUUGUGCUUACAGCCCAGCACCGUGCAGGACGUUUGGCAUUUGCCAGAGAACACCAAGAUUGGCAAAUUCGCCACUGGCGCUCUGUGCUCUUCACAGAUGAAAGCAGGUUCACACUGAGCACAUGAGCACAUGUGACAGACGUGACAGAGUCUGGAGACGCCGUGGAGAACGUUCUGCUGCCUGCAACAUCCUCCAGCAUGACCGGUUUGGCGGUGGGUCAGUCAUGGUUUGGGGUGGCAUUUCUUUGUGGGGCCGCACAGCCCUCCAUGUGCUCACCAGAGGUAGCCUGACUGCCAUUAGGUACCGAGAUGAGAUCCUCAGACCCCUUGUGAGACCAUAUGCUGACAAAUGCACAUUUGUGGCCUGCUGGAGGUCAUUUUGCAGGGCUCUGGCAGUGCACCUCCUUGCACAAAGGCGGAGGUAGCGGUCCUGCUGCUGGGUUGUUGGAGAGAGGGGAAGGUAGGAGAGCGGGGAGGGGAAGGAAAAUAUGCCCACACUACCAUCUUGUGGUAGAAUGAAUCAGUUGCAAAGGAAACAUGAACCUCAAGUACAUUUACUUAUUUUGAACUAUUUUAGUUAGAUUCAGUUUGAGAUUGAUGAAAAUGAAGUAAGCCGCUGUCUUAAUGUCAAACGUACAAUACAUUUCAGUAGAUUUGCCGUACUCUGUGUCUUGUGUCGAGUGUACUCAAUAUGCGUGUGAAUUGUUGGUUGAAGAUGUACUGUACUGUCUAAGUACUAUUAUCAGUAUCUCAUAACAAUUUUCUUUUAUUUUGUGCUGUUUGAUGUGGUUUUACCUCUGUCUCAAUUUGAAUAAAAAUCCACAUUAAUAACAA